ACCGGGAUUGGCAACCUUCAGCUUAUCUAGCCAGCACGUUUGUUAGUGUGUACAGAACAGUUAUGGAGGAGGCCAUUCCUGCUUCCGACGUCGUCGUGACUGGCCCUGGCGCCGACGAGGCACCGGCGGCGGAGCCGUUCCGCGUGUUCGUGGGGUACGACUCACGCGAGGACAUCGCGUACCGCGUGUGCCGGCGCUCGCUGCUGCGGCGCUCCUCCGUGCCGCUUGCCGUGGUCCCGAUCGUCCAGCAGGAGCUCCGGUCGGCGGGGCUGUACUGGCGGGAGCGCGGCCCUACGGAGAGCACCGAGUUCUCCUUCACCCGCUUCCUGACGCCCCACCUCGCCGGCUACCGCGGCUGGGCGGUCUUCGUCGACUGCGACUUCCUCUUCGUCGCCGACGUCGCGGAGCUGGCGCGCCUGGCCGACCCACGCUUCGCGGCGCUGUGCGUGCACCACGACUACACGCCCAAGGAGGCGACCAAGAUGGACGGCGCCGUGCAGACGGCGUACCCGCGCAAGAACUGGUCGUCCAUGGUACUCUUCAACUGCGGCCACCCCAAGAACCGCGCCGCGCUGACGCCGGAGGCCGUGAGCACGCGGAGCGGCGCGUACCUGCACCGCUUCAUGUGGCUGGACGACGCCGACAUCGGCGAGGUGCCGUUCGUGUGGAACUUCCUGGUGGGGCACAACCGCGUCGACCCCGCCGACGUGGCUGGGACGUCGCCGCGCGCCAUCCACUACACGUCCGGUGGCCCGUGGUUCGAGCAGUACAGAGACUGCGAGUACGCCGAGCUCUGGGUCCAGGAACGCGACGCAUAUGAGGCCGAGGCGGCGGAGGAGAAGGAAGAGAGCCAAGGCAAGGCCAUCCUGCAGACCGCGCCAUCUGCAGUUUCGGUGGACGCGUGAUGCCCUCAUGCCUGCCUACUAUUUUAGUCUUUUAGACGAUGGAAUAAACCCAUCUGUUGCCUGCCUACUACUUCCUAAAUUCCACAAUAUGAUACUACUACAAAUCUGUGGAUACGCCUUCGUGCUACUACAGUAUGUCGCAUUCAGUCCAAUAUUAAUUUUAUUUUUAUUUAAAAAUGGAAGUAGUAGUUGGGAUGUCCUGGGAUAUCUAUUAUUUGUACACGCAAUGAAAUUUCCAUUAAUAAUAUAUGCGGGCUACAAUAAAUACUCAAUUAUGGGCUUCGUCAGAGUCCUUAAACAUCUCGAGAUUACUUGGACUUCCUCCG